AUGGUUCGAGAUGACUUCAAAGGUGGAAAAAUUACCCUAGAGAAAGCUCUGAAAUUACUUGAAAAAUUAGAUAUACGGUGCAAUACUAUACAUGUGAAAUAUAUUUUUAAGGAUAAUGACAGGCUGCAACAAGGAAGAAUCACCAUAGAAGAAUUUAGAACAAUUUAUCGAAUUAUUACAUACAGAGAAGAAAUUGUUGAGAUUUUCAACACGUAUUCUGAAAACCGGAAAAUUCUUUUAGAAAAGAACCUGGUCCAAUUUUUGAUGCGAGAGCAGUAUACACUUGACUUCAGUGAAAGUAUUGCUUCUGAGAUCAUUCAGAAAUAUGAGCCUAUUGAAGAAGUUAAACAAGCACACCAGAUGUCAUUUGAAGGUUUUAGAAGAUACAUGGAUUCAUCUGAAUGUCUGAUAUUUAAUAAUGAGUAUGGUCAUGUUUACCAAGAUAUGACUCAUCCAUUGACUGAUUAUUUUAUUUCAAGUUCACAUAAUACAUACUUGAUAUCUGACCAAUUAUGGGGACCAAGUGACCUUUGGGGAUAUGUAAGUGCCCUUGUGAAAGGAUGCCGCUGUCUGGAAAUUGAUUGCUGGGAUGGAUCACAAAAUGAACCUGUUGUAUACCAUGGCUAUACAUUCACCAGCAAGCUUCUGUUUAAAACUGUUAUCCAAGCGAUACACAAAUACGCAUUCCUAGCAUCUGAGUACCCAGUGGUGCUGUCUUUAGAAAAUCACUGCUCCCCUUCCCAACAAGAAGUCAUGGCCGACAGUUUGCUCGCUACUUUUGGGGAUGCCUUGCUGUCAUAUACACUUGAUAAUUUUUCAGACAGACUACCUUCACCAGAGGCAUUAAAAUUCAAAAUAUUAGUUAGAAACAAGAAAAUAGGCACCUUACGUGAAACCCUUGAAAGGAGAGGUUCUGAUAUGCAUGGGCAGGUAGAGGAAUAUGAAGAAGAGGAGGAGGUGGAACAAGAGGAGGAUGGAAGUGGUGCCAAAGAACCAGAACCAGUGGGUGAUUUUCGAGAUGAUUUGGAAAAGGAAGAACAGUCGAAACGGGUGGUCAGAAUCCCACUCUUCAGGAAAAAGAAGGUGAGGCAACGUUUUAUAAAAAUAUCUAUGGCCCUAUCUGAUCUUGUCAUUUAUACUAAAGUUGAGAAGUUCAAAAGUUUUCAUCAUUCAAAUUUAUAUCAACAAUUUAAUGAAAGCAACUCUAUUGGGGAGUCCCAAGCCCGAAAACUUACAAAGUUGGCAGCCAGGGAAUUUAUUCUUCACACCAGGAAGUUCAUUACCAGAGUAUAUCCCAAAGCAAUAAGAGCUGACUCUUCUAAUUUUAAUCCUCAAGAAUUUUGGAAUGUAGGUUGUCAAAUGGUGGCCUUAAAUUUCCAGACCCCUGGUCUCCCUAUGGAUCUUCAAAAUGGGAAAUUUUUGGAUAAUGGUUGUUCUGGAUAUGUUUUAAAACCACGCUUCCUAAGAGAUAAAAAAACAAAGUUUAAUCCACAUAAAGUACCAAUAGACGGCAAUCCACUCACACUUACAAUAAGGCUUAUCAGUGGUAUCCAGUUGCCUCCCAGUUAUCAAAACAAAGCUGAUACCCUAGUGAUUGUAGAAAUUUUUGGGGUUCCAAAUGAUCAAAUGAAGCAACAGAGUCGUGUAAUUAAAAAAAAUGCUUUUAAUCCAAGAUGGAAUGAAACAUUCACAUUUGUUAUUCAGGUGCCAGAAUUAGCAUUGAUUCGUUUUGUUGCUGAAAAUCAGGGUUUCAUAGCUGGAAAUGAAUUUCUUGGACAAUAUACUUUACCAGUUCUAUGCAUGAACAGAGGUUACCGUCGUGUUCCUCUGUUUUCCAAACUGGGUGAGAGUCUUGAGCCCGCUUCCCUUUUUAUUUAUGUUUGGUACAUCAGAUAG